AGACUUCUGUUGGCAGUUUCUGGGAGACUUACACUUUCCAUCCAUUGCAGCCACCAUCGUUUUUUUCUCCAGAAGUUUAUAACAGAAAAGGCUCUGUUGGGGUAUUCAUCUGUUUCCCCUGUUCCCCUGGUGUUUGGUGGUGUUGCAAAUGGGCAAGGCUAAAAUGAGCUGGUUAUCUCAGGAUCAUGGAAAGCCUGGAAUCAAGGUUCAGGAAUGCCCCCUAUUUUCGUUGUGAGAAGGGAAACGAUUCUGUCUCCGUGUGCCAGAAGUGUGAGACGUGUGUCUUGGCUUGGAAGAUCUUUUCUACCAAAGAGUGGUUCCGGAGGGUCAACGAGAUAUGGCAGAGGAGGUUUGUAGUCAGCAUUCUGGAGCAGUUAAAUAGCUUGUAUUUGUUACACUAUUUCCAAAAUAUCCUUCAGGCCACACAGGGGAAGGAUUUCAUCUAUAACAGGUCCCGGAUCAACCUCAGCAGGAAGGAGGGGAAAGUCGUGAAGUCCUCCUCCUUUAACCAAAUGUUGGAUAAAACGGUGGAACAGAAGAUGAAGGAGACGCUGUACUGGUUUGGGACCAGCACUCACCGGACCAAGGCCCAUUACACCCUCCUGCUGCUGCAGAUGUGUGACCCCAAGUUACUGCUCACUGCUGCCAAUGUGAUCAGGGUCCUGUUUCUGAGAGAGCGGAACAAUAUCUCAGGGCUCAAGAAAGACUCCUCCGAUGUGUAUUUUUCGCCCGAGAGAAAGUACAACCCCCAGUCUGAGACCUCAGAUGUCUAUUGGGCAGUCAGAACUCAGCAGACAUCCUUUCCUUUGUCCAAAGCCCCAGAAGGUGAAAAUGUGCAGGGAAAAGCAUCUGAUCUUGAGGGACAGUGGAGGAGUUCGCUGCAGUGUAUUUCUGAGAUGAACAAGCUGUUUUCUGGGGAAGCGGGCCUCAGCAAGCUGGGGUACGACCCCUGCAAUCUGUUGAUUGACUUGGAUACUGUCAAGGAACUGUCUUCUGGGUUCAGCAAAUACCGAGACUUCAUCCGUCUCCUGCCCAUCCACCUCUCCAAGUACAUUCUAAGAAUGCUGGAUAAGAACAGCCUGCACAAGUGUUUCUUCGUGAGCCAGCACUGGGCCAUCGUAGCCCAGCAGGUCAAGAUGGAAUUGUCAGCGCAGAACUUCAUCCAGAACCAGAUUACCAUUUUGCAGGGGUCUUACUCAAAGGGAAUAGAUCCCACUUAUGCCAAUAAGCUUCUUAUCCCAGUCCCGAAGGUGGUUGAUGACUCUAAACGCGGGCGUGUGAAAGGCCAGAGAUGGAAGCUGAGAACGAAGAAUGACUACAACCUGUGGACUGCAUACCAGAACCAGGAAACUCAGCAGGUCCUGAUGGAGGAGAGAAAUGUCUUCUGUGGGACCUACAAUGUCCGCACGCUUUCUGACACGUGGGACAAAAACAGAGUCAUCUACUAUGCUGGGGGAGAUUUGGUGGCUGUGUCAUCUAAUCGGAAGAUCCAUCUUCUGGACAUCCAAAAAGUGAAGGCGUUACCCAUCGUGUUCCGCGGUCAUGCUGGGAGUGUCCGGGCCCUCUUCUUGCAGGAGGAGGAAAACUUUCUCGUAAGCGGAAGUUAUGACCUAAGUAUCAGAUACUGGGAUCUGAAAAAUGGGAAUUGCAUACGAAUCUUCAAUGGCCACCAGGGCACAAUCACUUGCAUAGAUUUAUAUAAAAACAAGCUCGUAUCAGGAGCAAGAGAUUGCCAGGUGAAAGAAUGGGAUUUAGAUACAGGGAAGUGCCUGAAGACGUUUAAACACAAAGAUCCCAUCUUGGCCACCAGGAUCAAUGACACGUACAUUGUGAGCAGCUGUGAGCGAGGGAUAGUCAAAGUGUGGCACGUGGCCAUGGCCCAGCUCGUCAAGACUCUCAGUGGCCAUGAGGGACCUGUGAAAUGUCUGUUCUUUGACCAGUGGCACCUCCUGUCGGGGAGUUCUGACGGGCUGGUCAUGGCCUGGAGCAUGGUGGGGAAAUAUGAGCGCUGCCUGAUGGCCUUCAAACACCCAAAGGAGGUGCUCCACGUGUCCCUUCUCUUCCUCCGGGUCAUCAGCGCCUGUGCAGACGGCAAGAUCCGCAUUUACAAUUUCCUCAAUGGGAACUGUCUGAAGGUGAUAAAAGCCACUGGCAAAGGGGAUCCUGUGCUGUGCUUCUUUAUUCAGGGCAACAGGAUUAUAGUCAACACAGAGAGCAACAUCCUCAUGUUCCAGUUUGAGAACAUCAAAUGGCAGUACGCGAUGGAAAAGAGCAAACAGAAGAAGAACAAGGACAAAGACGAGGAAAAGGACGAAAACAGCCUCACGGAAGCCCUCUCCAAGUCCAGCACUCAGAUUCACAGUCUGAGAGAGUCCAUAUCCAGCAAAACUGUGACCCAGGAGCUUCUAUCAAGUAAAUCUCAUAAGCCCCGAGUCGUCCUGAAGGUGGCCAAGUUAUCUUCAGCAAUGUCAAUAGAGGAACCUCAAAGUCAAGAAAAGCCAAAAUCGCCCCCAAAAGAUAGCAGGAAGAGAGCUUAUGCUGUUCAUAAAGAAGCACGUGGUAUGAAUGGUGGGCAAGAGAAUUUGGAAGCAAAAUCUGGGGCAGGAGAUGAUGUGAUGAAAGCACAAAAACAAGGACAAGUAGAAACUCUUGGAGAACUGAUCCAUCAUCACCUGAAGAAAAAGUCUGGGAAUAUCCCUCUGUCACCUGACCAAUUCCUGCUAACCGUCAGCGCCGUGCAGAGAGCCCACAAUUCAGGGGGAUUUGCCUAUCCCCGUAGGCCCCAAACCCAAGUCAUCGAUGCCUGGGGACCUUCAAUCUUACACACAAGGAAGGUCCUGAAUUUCAAAGGAAAAUCAGUGCAGCAGGCAGUUGAUCAGUUGAGAAUGAGCAAUCCUCCCAUAGAUGUGAAAAAAACCAACGUUCCCCUCGAAAUCCAGAAACUACAGCCUAAUCUGAAGAACUCUUUGCAAGGUCCCAGAGUACAGUCCACCAUACCCCAGCCCGUGCUUAUCCGUCCCCGGUUCCCAGGCAACUUAAGGGAAGACCAGGUGACAAGUUCAACUGAAGGGCUAGUGCGUAUUACAGACCCCCUGACCAGUAUGCAGGUCAUUAAACACAACCGCAUGGUGGUGCCACAAGUGAGCAAAGCCACCCUUACUCUCAAGAAAGAGCGACCUCGCAUCAACACAGCCCUUGAUCCCCUGAGGAUGAACACUGGGUUCAUGCUGUUGACUGUGAAGGAGGAGAAAGAGUACGGGGAAGCCAAGAUGAAGGAGUAUCAGGCCGGGGGCUCCAUUGCAAUGGUUGAUCCAGAAAAAGCCAGCAAAGCUGCAUGGAUCAGGAAGAUCAAAGGCCUGCCUAUUGAUAAUUUCAUGAAGCAAGGGAAAAUUGCAGCUCCUGAACUUGGACAAAAUGUAUUCAUCUAA